AUGACCUCCACCACACCCCCCGACGUCGCCGCCCACGUCGAAUCCCUGAUCCCUCAAUUCUCACCCACCCGCCUCCUCAACGCCGACCAAGCCGGCCGCCGGAUCUCCCUCCUCGGCACCAUCGCCUCCAAACCCGCCCUCCUCAUCGCCGAGCGCGCCGCCUUCUCCACCGCCCCCUCCACCAUCACCACCUUCCCCAGCACCCUAACCGGCAUCAAAAACCUCGGCGCCAACGACAUAUACGCGUGGUUCCUCGCCCACAGCUCCCCCUCCCUCCCCCUCUCCCCCUCCACCGCGGACCUAAAACUCAACCUCAUCUACCCCUGCACCCCGCAGCACAUCAAAAAAUACACCAAGCAGCCCCUCCGCGUCGUCACGGAGACGCCCGCCAUCUACGCCGCACACGUCCGCCCCUACAUGGCCGCGGUGCGCGAGGCCGGCCGCUUGAACUGGGUGUUCAACAUCCUGGACGGCGUCACCGAGCAGGACGACAUCAUCUACCGGGAGAAGCGCGGGGAGCGCGACGGGUUCCUCAUCCUGCCGGACCUCAAUUGGGACCGGAAGACGAUGGAGAGUCUGCAUUUGCUUGGGCUGGUGGACAGGAGAGAUUUGUGGAGCGUGAGGGACUUGAAGAAGGGGGAUGGGGAGUGGGUGAGGCAUGUGCGGGAGAGGUUGGUGGAGAAGACGGUGGAGUUGUAUGGUGGGCAGGGGGUCGAGAGGGACAUGUUGAAGAUGUAUGUGCAUUAUCAGCCGACGUAUUAUCAUUUUCAUGUUCAUGUCGUGCAUGUGGGAUUGGAGGCGGGGAACACGCAGGCGACGGGGAAGGCGCUGGGGUUGGAGAAUGUGGUUUCGGUGUUGGAGAAUUUGAGGGAUAGGGAGGAUGGGGUGGAGGCGAGUAUGGCGGAUGUGGAUUUGACGUAUCAUGUUGGUGAGCAGAGUGAGCUGUGGGAGAAGAUUUGGCUGCCGCUUAAGGAGGGGAGGGCGGUUGAGUUGUGA